AAUAUCGGGUCAUCUCUGAAAAAUGUCUGCCGCAUCGUAAACGUUUUGCAAGAAACCCCGGAAAAUUGUUUAAAAUCCUAUUAAAAGUAAUUGAAAUUGUUAAAUUAGUUGACUGAGCGAUGUCUAUACCGCCGUAUAUGAUACCGCCCAAUGCCUGGGCCGCCCAACUGAUGGCCCAGCAGCAGGCAUAUGCGGCGGCCCAUGCACAGCAGGCUCAGCUGCAUGCUCAGCAUCAGAUGGCCAACCAGAUACAGCAAAUACCACCACCGGGCGCUCCAUUGCCCCCAGCGGGUCAUGCCAAUGGCAUUCCAGUACCGGCACAGGGAGUGCCUCAGCCCCAACUAGGUCAGAUACCAACGCCAAAGCCGGAUAUUCUGACCGAAGAUAAGCUGCAGGAGAAGGCGCUCAAGUGGCAGCAUUUGCAGUCCAAGCGAUUUGCUGAAAAACGCAAAUUCGGCUUUGUUGAUACACAGAAAGAGGAUAUGCCGCCGGAGCAUAUACGCAAGAUCAUACGUGACCACGGUGAUAUGACCUCUCGCAAAUAUCGGCACGAUAAGCGCGUCUAUCUGGGUGCACUCAAAUAUAUGCCACAUGCUGUGCUGAAGCUUCUCGAGAAUAUGCCUAUGCCCUGGGAGCAAAUUAGAGAUGUGCAGGUGCUGUACCACAUAACAGGCGCCAUUACCUUUGUCAAUGAGAUUCCCUGGGUAAUUGAGCCCGUCUACAUAGCACAGUGGGGCACAAUGUGGAUUAUGAUGCGUCGUGAAAAGCGUGAUCGUCGUCACUUCAAGCGCAUGCGUUUCCCGCCCUUUGAUGACGAGGAGCCGCCAUUGGACUACGCAGACAACGUGCUGGAUGUAGAGCCUCUGGAGGCCAUACAAAUCGAGCUCGACAGCGAUGAAGAUAAUGCUGUAUACAAGUGGUUCUACGAUCAUAGACCAUUAGUCGAUACACCCUAUGUAAAUGGAUCCACUUACCGCAAAUGGAAUCUGUCGUUGCCACAGCUGGCUACGCUUUAUCGUCUGGCAAAUCAGUUGCUCACCGACUUGGUCGACAAUAAUUUCUUUUAUCUGUUUGAUCCAAAGAGCUUCUUUACGGCCAAAGCACUCAACAUGGCCAUACCUGGAGGGCCCAAGUUCGAGCCCCUUAUCAAGGAUCAUAAUGUUGGUGAUGAGGACUGGAAUGAGUUCAAUGACAUUAAUAAAGUUAUUAUAAGACAACCCAUACGAACGGAGUAUCGCAUUGCAUUUCCAUAUCUAUACAACAAUAUGCCACAUUUUGUGCAUCUCAGCUGGUAUCACACUCCAAACGUUGUCUACAUCAAGACCGAGGAUCCUGAUUUGCCUGCCUUUUACUUUGAUCCUUUAAUCAAUCCCAUUUCGCAUCGUAAUGCUAACUCCAAGAUCCAGGAGCCCAUGCCAGACGAUGAUGAGGACUUUACGUUGCCCGAUGAUGUGCAGCCUUUUCUGCAGGACACGCCGCUCUAUACAGACAACACGGCGAAUGGCAUUGCGCUGCUGUGGGCACCGCGUCCCUUCAAUAUGCGCUCGGGUCGCUCACGUCGUGCUAUUGAUGUGCCGCUGGUCAAGUGUUGGUACAAGGAACAUUGUCCACCUGGUCAUCCGGUCAAGGUGCGCGUCAGCUAUCAGAAGCUGCUCAAGUACUAUGUGCUCAACGCAUUGAAGCACCGCAAGCCGAAGCCGCAAAAGAAACGCUAUUUGUUCCGUUCAUUCAAGGCCACCAAGUUCUUCCAAACCACCACCUUGGAUUGGGUUGAGGCUGGCUUGCAGGUGUGUCGCCAGGGCUAUAAUAUGCUCAAUCUGCUUAUUCACCGCAAGAAUCUUAACUACCUGCAUUUGGACUACAACUUUAACUUGAAGCCGGUUAAGACCUUGACCACUAAGGAGCGUAAAAAGUCCCGUUUCGGCAAUGCUUUCCAUUUGUGCCGUGAGAUUUUGCGUCUGACUAAACUGAUCAUUGACUCGCAUGUACAGUAUCGUCUCAAUAACGUGGACGCCUUUCAGCUAGCUGAUGGCCUGCAGUAUAUCUUUGCCCAUGUGGGCCAGCUGACGGGCAUGUAUCGCUACAAAUACAAACUGAUGCGGCAGAUACGCAUGUGCAAGGAUUUGAAGCAUUUAAUCUACUAUCGCUUCAACACGGGACCCGUGGGCAAGGGCCCUGGCUGUGGCUUCUGGGCGCCUGGCUGGCGUGUUUGGUUGUUCUUUAUGCGUGGCAUUACACCGCUGCUCGAACGCUGGCUGGGCAACCUGUUGUCGCGUCAAUUCGAGGGUCGUCAUUCGAAGGGCGUGGCCAAGACGGUGACCAAACAGCGUGUUGAAUCCCAUUUCGACUUGGAGUUGCGUGCCUCAGUUAUGCACGAUAUUGUGGACAUGAUGCCCGAGGGUAUUAAGCAAAACAAGGCGCGUACUAUACUCCAGCACCUGUCCGAGGCUUGGCGCUGCUGGAAGGCCAACAUACCGUGGAAGGUGCCCGGUCUGCCCAUACCCAUAGAGAACAUGAUAUUGCGUUAUGUGAAAAUGAAAGCCGAUUGGUGGACGAACACGGCGCACUACAAUCGUGAGCGUAUACGUCGUGGUGCCACUGUCGAUAAGACAGUCUGCAAAAAGAAUUUGGGUCGUUUGACGCGUUUGUAUUUGAAGGCCGAGCAGGAACGGCAGCAUAAUUACCUCAAGGAUGGUCCUUAUAUAUCGCCCGAAGAGGCGGUGGCCAUAUAUACCACAACGGUACAUUGGUUGGAAUCGCGUCGCUUUGCGCCCAUACCCUUUCCUCCGUUGUCCUAUAAGCACGACACUAAGCUGCUGAUUUUGGCCUUGGAGCGUCUGAAGGAAGCGUACAGCGUAAAGUCGCGCUUGAAUCAAAGCCAGCGCGAGGAGCUGGGUUUGAUUGAGCAGGCCUACGAUAACCCGCACGAGGCGUUGUCCCGUAUCAAACGUCAUCUGUUGACUCAACGUGCUUUCAAGGAGGUGGGCAUCGAAUUUAUGGAUCUGUAUAGCCAUUUAAUACCUGUUUACGAAGUGGAGCCCUUGGAGAAGAUCACCGAUGCCUAUUUGGAUCAGUAUCUGUGGUAUGAGGCAGACAAACGCAGACUGUUCCCGCCAUGGAUCAAGCCCAGCGAUACGGAGCCACCACCGCUAUUGGCCUACAAAUGGUGUCAAGGUAUCAACAAUUUGCAGGAUGUCUGGGACGUCGGUGAGGGCGAAUGCAAUGUGCUGCUCGAAUCACGCUUUGAGAAGCUUUACGAGAAGAUUGAUUUGACUUUGCUCAAUCGUCUGUUGCGUCUCAUUGUGGAUCACAAUAUCGCCGAUUAUAUGACAGCGAAGAACAACGUCGUUAUUAACUACAAGGACAUGAAUCAUACGAACAGCUAUGGCAUUAUACGUGGCCUACAAUUCUCUUCGUUCAUCACACAGUACUAUGGACUUGUUUUGGAUUUGUUGGUGCUGGGUCUGCAUCGUUCCAGCGAAAUGGCUGGACCACCGCAAAUGCCCAACGAUUUCCUAACAUUCCAGGAUGCAGUCACAGAGACAGCGCAUCCUAUUCGACUUUACUGUCGCUACGUGGAUCGCAUACAUUUGUUCUUCAGAUUUUCGGCUGAGGAAGCGCGCGACCUUAUUCAGCGUUAUCUGACCGAGCAUCCAGAUCCGAAUAAUGAGAAUAUCGUGGGCUACAAUAACAAAAAAUGCUGGCCACGCGAUGCGAGAAUGCGUUUGAUGAAGCACGAUGUUAAUCUGGGUCGCGCUGUGUUUUGGGACAUCAAGAACCGUUUGCCUCGCUCUGUGACUACCAUUGGCUGGGAGAGCACUUUCGUCUCGGUCUAUUCCAAGGACAAUCCCAAUCUGUUAUUCAACAUGAGCGGCUUCGAGUGUCGCAUUCUGCCCAAGUGUCGCACGCAAAAUGAGGAGUUUACGCAUCGUGAUGGCGUUUGGAAUUUGCAGAAUGAGAUAACAAAGGAGCGCACGGCUCAGUGUUUCCUGCGCGUCGAUGAUGAGUCGCUGGGACGUUUCCAUAAUCGUGUGCGGCAAAUUUUAAUGGCCUCCGGCUCCACCACAUUCACAAAGAUUGUCAACAAAUGGAACACGGCUUUAAUUGGUCUGAUGACCUAUUUCCGCGAGGCUGUUGUGAAUACGCAGGAGCUCCUCGAUUUGCUGGUUAAGUGUGAAAAUAAGAUUCAGACGCGUAUUAAGAUUGGCUUGAAUUCCAAAAUGCCCUCGCGUUUCCCGCCCGUGGUGUUCUAUACGCCCAAAGAGCUGGGCGGCUUGGGCAUGUUGAGCAUGGGCCACGUGCUGAUACCGCAAUCCGAUCUGCGCUGGUCCAAGCAGACCGACGUGGGCAUUACGCAUUUCCGCUCCGGCAUGUCGCAUGACGAGGAUCAGCUUAUACCAAAUCUGUAUCGUUAUAUACAGCCAUGGGAGAGUGAAUUCAUUGACUCGCAGCGUGUUUGGGCAGAGUAUGCGCUAAAGAGACAGGAAGCAAAUGCACAGAAUCGUCGCCUGACACUGGAGGAUCUGGAGGAUAGCUGGGAUCGUGGUAUACCGCGUAUCAAUACGCUCUUCCAGAAGGAUCGUCACACGCUGGCUUACGACAAGGGCUGGCGCAUUCGCACUGAGUUCAAACAGUAUCAGGUGCUCAAGCAGAAUCCCUUCUGGUGGACACAUCAGCGACACGAUGGCAAAUUGUGGAAUCUGAACAACUAUCGCACAGACAUGAUCCAAGCGCUGGGCGGUGUGGAAGGCAUCCUGGAGCAUACACUGUUCAAGGGCACCUACUUCCCAACGUGGGAGGGUCUGUUCUGGGAGAAGGCAUCCGGCUUUGAGGAGUCCAUGAAGUACAAGAAGCUGACAAAUGCUCAGCGCUCUGGUCUCAAUCAGAUACCCAAUCGUCGCUUCACGCUCUGGUGGUCACCGACUAUCAAUCGUGCCAACGUUUACGUCGGUUUCCAGGUGCAGCUGGAUCUAACGGGCAUUUUCAUGCACGGCAAAAUUCCCACACUGAAAAUCUCGCUGAUUCAAAUCUUCCGUGCUCACUUGUGGCAGAAGAUACACGAAUCGAUUGUCAUGGAUUUGUGUCAGGUGUUCGAUCAGGAGCUGGAUGCCCUUGAGAUUGAGACGGUGCAAAAGGAGACGAUACAUCCGCGUAAAUCAUAUAAAAUGAAUUCCUCGUGUGCCGAUAUACUGCUGUUCCCUGCCUACAAAUGGAACGUGUCGCGACCUUCGCUGCUAGCAGACACCAAGGACACCAUGGACAAUACAACGACACAGAAAUAUUGGCUGGAUAUACAGCUGCGUUGGGGUGAUUACGAUUCGCACGACGUGGAGCGUUAUGCAAGGGCAAAGUUCCUGGACUACACCACGGAUAACAUGUCCAUUUAUCCGUCGCCGACGGGCGUGCUCAUUGCCAUCGAUUUGGCUUACAAUUUGCACUCGGCCUACGGCAAUUGGUUCCCCGGCUGCAAGACUCUGAUCCAACAGGCCAUGGCCAAGAUCAUGAAGGCCAAUCCGGCGCUGUAUGUGCUGCGCGAGCGUAUACGCAAGGCCUUGCAACUGUACUCAUCGGAGCCCACGGAACCGUACCUUAGCUCCCAGAAUUAUGGCGAACUCUUCUCGAAUCAAAUCAUUUGGUUUGUGGACGAUACGAAUGUCUAUCGCGUCACCAUCCACAAGACCUUUGAGGGUAAUUUGACCACGAAGCCCAUCAACGGCGCCAUCUUCAUCUUCAAUCCACGUACUGGACAGCUGUUCUUGAAGAUCAUCCACACGUCCGUGUGGGCGGGUCAGAAGCGUUUGGGCCAGCUGGCCAAGUGGAAGACGGCCGAGGAAGUGGCUGCCCUGAUUCGUUCGCUGCCCGUUGAGGAGCAGCCGAAGCAGAUUAUUGUCACACGCAAAGGCAUGUUGGAUCCGCUUGAGGUGCAUUUACUUGACUUCCCCAACAUUGUCAUCAAGGGCUCGGAGUUGCAGCUGCCCUUCCAGGCCUGCCUCAAGGUGGAGAAGUUUGGCGACUUGAUUCUGAAAGCCACCGAGCCGCAAAUGGUGUUGUUCAAUCUGUACGAUGACUGGCUAAAGACGAUAUCCUCAUAUACGGCAUUCAGUCGUUUGAUAUUGAUACUGCGUGCCCUGCACGUGAAUACGGAGCGAACGAAGAUCAUACUGAAGCCGGAUAAGACAACCAUAACGGAGGCGCAUCACAUUUGGCCCACGCUAACGGACGAGGAAUGGAUCAAGGUGGAGGUGCAGCUGAAGGAUCUCAUUCUGGCCGAUUACGGCAAGAAGAACAACGUGAACGUUGCCUCGCUGACACAGUCCGAGAUCCGUGACAUCAUUCUGGGCAUGGAGAUCAGCGCACCGUCCGCACAGCGUCAACAGAUUGCCGAGAUCGAGAAACAGACGAAGGAACAGAAUCAGUUGACGGCCACCACGACGCGCACAACGAACAAGCACGGAGAUGAGAUUAUCACGUCAACCACCUCGAACUAUGAGACGCAAACGUUUAGCUCGAAGACCGAAUGGCGCGUGCGUGCGAUAUCCGCAACGAAUCUGCACUUGCGUACGAAUCACAUCUAUGUCAGCUCCGACGAUAUCAAGGAAACGGGCUAUACGUAUAUUUUGCCAAAGAAUAUACUGAAGAAGUUCGUCACGAUAUCCGAUUUGCGUGCACAGAUCGCUGGCUAUUUGUACGGUGUGAGUCCGCCGGAUAAUCCGCAGGUGAAGGAGAUACGCUGCAUUGUGAUGCCGCCACAGUGGGGCACACAUCAGACAAUCAAUCUGCCCAAUGCCCUGCCCACGCAUCAGUAUCUGAAGGAUAUGGAGCCACUUGGCUGGAUUCACACGCAACCGAAUGAACUGCCGCAGCUGUCGCCGCAGGACAUCACCACCCAUGCCAAGAUCAUGCAGGAGAACUCCAAUUGGGAUGGCGAGAAGACAAUCGUCAUUACCUGCUCCUUCACGCCCGGCUCCUGCUCCCUGACGGCCUACAAACUGACGCCGUCCGGCUUCGAAUGGGGCUCCAAGAAUACGGACAAGGGCAAUAAUCCCAAGGGAUAUCUGCCAUCGCACUAUGAACGCGUUCAAAUGCUGCUGUCCAACAAGUUCCUCGGAUUCUUCAUGGUGCCGGCGCAGGGCAGUUGGAACUACAAUUUCAUGGGCGUGCGACACGAUCCGAAUAUGAAAUACGAACUGCAAUUGGCCAAUCCGAAGGAGUUCUAUCACGAACUGCACCGCACAUCGCAUUUCCUGCUCUUCUCCAAUCUGGAGGAUGGCGGCGAUGGCGCCGGCGCUGAUCGUGAGGAUGUCUAUGCCUAAAGCAAUUGUAAAUCUAUUUUAAGCGC